AUGAGGAACAAUAAUCAGAGCAGUGUGUCUGAGUUUAUCCUCCUGGGCCUCCCUAUCCAGAAGGAGGAGCAAGGCAUGUACUACACCCUUUUCCUGGUCAUGUACCUGACCACAGUGCUGGGGAACCUGCUCAUCAUCCUGCUCAUCAGGCUGGACUCCCACCUCCACACCCCCAUGUACUUCUUCCUCAGCCACUUGGCUCUCACCGACAUCUCUUUCUCAUCAGUCACGGCUCCAAAGAUGCUCAUGAAUAUGCUGACACAGAGUCAGUCCAUCUCAUAUGCUGGGUGCAUUUCUCAGGAAUUCUUUUUCUUAUUAUUUGGUGGUCUUGACAGCUUCCUUCUCACUGCAAUGGCCUAUGACAGGUAUGUGGCCAUCUGUCAUCCCCUGCAUUACAACAUUAUCAUGAGUCCUGUCCUCUGUGUCCUACUAGUAAUUCUAUCCUGGGUCUUAUCUUCUGCCAGUGCUUUUGUGCACACCUUCCUCCUCUCCCAUCUCAUGAGGAAGGGUAAUCAAAGCAGUGCAUCUGAGUUCCUCCUUUUGGGGCUCCCUAUCCAGAAGGAGGAGCAAGGCAUGUACUACACCCUGUUCCUAGUCAUGUACCUGACCACAGUGCUGGGGAACCUGCUCAUCAUCCUGCUCAUCAGGCUGGACGCCCGCCUCCACACCCCCAUGUACUUCUUCCUCAGCCACCUGGCUCUCACUGACAUCUCUUUCUCAUCAGUCACGGCUCCAAAGAUGCUCAUGAAUAUGCUGACACACAGUCAGUCCAUCUCAUAUGCUGGGUGCAUUUCUCAGGUAUAUUUUUUCUUAUUUUUUGCAGAUAUUGACAGUUUUCUUCUCACUUCAAUGGCCUAUGACAGAUACGUUGCUAUCUGCCAUCCCCUGCACUACACUAGGAUCAUGAGCCAAGGCCUUUGUUUCCUGCUAGUAUUUCUAUCCUGGGUCUUGUCCUGUGCUGGUGCCCUUGUGCACACUCUCCUCCUUGCCCAUCUCUCUUUUUCUGAAGACAACACGCUCCACCACUUUUUCUGUGACCUCUCAGCCUUACUAAAGCUGUCCAGCUCAGACACCACUGUCAAUGACCUGGUUAUUCUCAUUGUAGGAUCAAUGGUUAUUACUCUACCAUUUAUAUGCAUUCUGGUGUCUUAUGGUCACAUUGGUGCCACUGUCUUGAAAUUACCUUCAAUCAAGGGAAUCUGCAAAGCUUUCUCCACAUGUGGCUCUCACCUGUCUGUAGUUUCUCUGUACUAUGGAGCAAUUAUUGGGCUCUACUUUGUACCCUCUUCCAAUAACACUAAUGACAAGGAUGUCAUUGUGGCUGUGUUGUACACUCUGGUCACACCUAUGCUAAAUCCCUUUAUCUACAGUUUGAGGAACCAGGAUAUGAAAAGAGCUCUGAAAAAUCUGCUCAGUAGGGGAACAUUUUCAGUGUGA